AUGUCUAAUAAGAAUCAACAACAACUUAGCAUUGAGUUUAAUGAUAAAGAUGAGCGAGAAUUGCAUUUUAAGGUGGAUGGGAGAGUCAUGAAGUAUCCUAUCAGGCGAAUUGACACCUAUAAUUACAUGAUCGACGAAUACGAAACUGUGCACUGCACUGAUAACAUUAUUGGAGAUUCAUUGAAAGAAAUGCUCCACCCUUCCUUUGAAGGCUCGGAGACGUCAGAAAGUGAUAUUGAAUAUUUUGUUACAAAGUGCAGUGCCAUCACCGAAGUAUUUUAUGUCAAGGGUGGGAGUCCGGGAAGGUUGAAGUCCGAACUCCAUGCACCUGUUCGAAUAAAACUUCUGGAUGAAGAUGCAGUCUGGAGGUGCAAAUCAGUUCCGCUAGGUAGCAAAAGGUAG